AUGUCAACAACAACUAUUCCCAACGAAGAGUCCUUCUCUCUCUUCAUCCAAACAGUUCAACACUGCUGUGCUGAACUCAACAAGCCAGACCUUGUCCCUGCCAGUCGCCUUGACCGUGCUCCCAGUCCCAAGGCCUACUACCUCAGAGUGUUGCACCAUACCCCAGACAAGUUCGCCAACGAGAGUGUUCCGGCUGAGGCUAUUGCUAAGAUCGAGUCCGCCAGAUCCCAGGCCAAGAAAGAGGUGGUGAUCAACAACGCCUUCUUCGACUCGGUGGACAUGAACAAGGUCCCAGGUCAAUGCGCAUGUUGCCAUAAGCCAUUUGGUCAACGACCAAGACAAAAUGGGUUGUACGAUGGUGACAAUUGGAGGUUCCGAGCAAGACAUUACGAUGCCGCUCUCGAGAAGGCCUUGGAGAGACAUCUCAUCAACAUGGAGGUUGCCAAGGAGAUGGCCAAGCGUCAACAACUCAAGGCCAAGGUUGUCAAGUUCAAGGUCGAUGAUGACAAUGGCGGACCCUCCAAUGUUGCUCAGAUCUCAAAGGUCAAGCCUGUCGAGUCGGAGGAUGAGGAGGAGCCCCCUGCCAAGCCAGCCAAGAUUGCCAAGGCCAAGGUCGUCGAGGAACCGGAGGAGGAGCCACCCGCCAAGCCAUCCAAGGCCAAGCACCAGGCACCACUCCUCUCGCCACCUGCCAAGGGUAAGGGAAAGGGCAAGAAGUAG